CUUAUAUAUUCUUGCCCAGAUUAAUACAGGAGACGCUUUCCCACGCAAACCCAAAAAAAUCGUCGACAGACUCGAAGCUACCUUCAUUUACAUCGAGAUCAUUCUAAUCUUUUCUUUCUCACAGUUGACCUCUCCCUUGAUCAUCAAAUGGCUCAGAAAGUGGUGCUGAAGGUGAUGACCAUGACCGAUGAUAAGUCCAAGCAGAAAGCCAUGGAAGCCGCCGCCGAUAUCUUUGGGGUGGAUUCCAUAGCUGCGGAUCUGAGGGAGCAGAAGCUGACGGUGAUCGGACAGAUGGACGCAGUGGCGGUGGUGAAGAAGCUGAAGAAGGUGGCGAAGGUAGAAAUCAUAUCAGUUGGGCCAGCCAAAGAAGAGAAGAAGGAAGCCAAGAAAGAAGAUCAGAAGAAAGACGACAACAAGAAGCCCAAAGAGGCGGACAAGAAGGAUGACAAGAAGAAAUAACUGCAUCCAUCGAUCAUCGGAUUCCAUUCUAUGAAUAUCUCAGGUCUUAAUUAGAGAACAACAGGGAAGGAAACUAACGGCAAGGUCUGUUUGGUUAAUUACCAUUUAACUUUUAUUACUAUUAUUAUUAUUAUUAUUAUUAUUAGUACUAUAACUCGUAAUUAAUUAAAUUAAUAAUGUUGCGUGAAAUUAAUUUUACAUUUUAAAUGAUUCUUUAUUCCCAA